AUGUCAAAUUUAGAAGAGGAAUUAAAUAUAUUAAAAAAAAAGAAAUUAACAGCAAAAACAAUUGUUGAACAACAACGAAAUGAAAUACGUUUAUUAAAAUCUACAUUAACAAUAAAUGAACGAUUAAAAGAAAUUUAUAAACAAUUUGAUAAUAAAAUUAAUAUAGAUAAUAAUCUUUAUAAUAAAAUUCUUCAAAUAUCAAAUGAUAAAAAUGAAUAUGUUUCUUUGAAUGAACAAAUUCAUCGAGCUAUUAAUGAUUUAUCAAAAUUGAUUGAAGAAAUUCUAAUCAUACUUUCAAUCAAUAAUAAUAUUGAUUUAAAAAAUCAUGAACUUGAUAUUAUUUUAAAAAAACAAAAAGAAUGUUUUCAAUUAAUUAAAUGGAAAUUAUCAGAUAUUUAUGCAAAUCGUGUUGCUGAUGAAGUGUCUUAUCAAAUGGAUUUUAAUAAAAGAGAUAAAUUAUCUUUUGAACAAUUAAAUUUACCUUCAGGUUUACUUCUUGGAUUAUAUGCUAUGGGUUUUCAAAAUGGUCCAUCAGAUACACAAGCAUUAAUUUUACCUUAUUCAUUAUCUGAUCAAUUUCAAAGAAAUAUUAUUGUACAAUCGAAAACUGGAACUGGAAAAACGGUUUCCUACAUUAUACAUGUUCUUGCUCGUAUUCAAUCUAUUUUUUCUCAACCACAAGCUUUAAUCAUUGUACCUACCGUUGAACUUGCUUUUACAGUUGGAUCUGGUAUUGAAAAAAUGUCAAUUUAUCUUCCAAAUAUUCAAAUUACAUAUGUAACAUCUUCUCUAUUAACACAAACAUCAUUUAAUACACCUAUUGUCAUUGGAACAAUAGAUACAUUUGAUUCAUUUCAAUCAUUAAUAAAUUUUUCUCAACUUGAAAUGCUUAUUAUUGAUGAAAUUGAUGCAAUGAUUAUACGUGAAGAUUAUCGACAAUCAUUACUUAAUCUUUUUGAUAAUUUACCAUUAAUAAAUCAUUGUCAAAUACUUGUUUAUUCAUCAACAUUAUCUGACCAAAUAAUGAAUUUUACAAAUGAACUUAUACCAAAUUCAAUUUUAGUUAAACAAAGAUCAGAUAAACAACAAUUACAUAAUAUUGAACAAUUUUAUAUUAUGUGUCAUGAUGAAAAUAAAAAAGAUAUUACUGUUAAUGUUAUAUUAAAACAAUUUAUCAAUAUACAAAUUAUCAUUUUUUGUUCCAAUGAUGAAACAACAGAACGACUUUAUCAAAAAAUUAUGAUCGAUAAUAAAAAUUAG